CUUCCGCUUCGUCGACAACUCCUCCUCACAAAUGUGAUGUGAAUUUUACUGAAGAAUCCCUGUUAUUCAUACAAUGAUUAAAGCUAUUCUAGUAUUUAAUAAUCAUGGGAAACCAAGAAUGUCAAAAUUUUACCAGUUUUAUCCAGAAGAUUUACAGCAACAGAUAAUCCGAGAAACAUUCCAUCUGGUAUCUAAAAGAGACGAUAAUGUGUGUAACUUUCUAGAAGGUGGAACGUUGAUCGGAGGGUCAGACUAUAAGUUAAUAUACAGACAUUAUGCUACGUUAUAUUUCGUUUUCUGUGUUGACUCAUCAGAAAGUGAGCUGGGUAUUUUAGAUUUGAUACAGGUGUUUGUAGAAACAUUAGAUAAAUGCUUUGAAAAUGUAUGUGAACUGGACCUCAUAUUUCAUGUUGAUAAGGUUCAUUACAUUCUUGGUGAGCUUGUUAUGGGAGGAAUGGUUCUAGAAACAAAUAUGACAGAAAUUAUGACCAGAAUAGAGGAACAAAAUAAGUUGGAAAAGUCAGAGGCUGGUAUCUCUGCUGCUCCUGCUAGAGCUGUUAGUGCUGUCAAGGAUAUGAAUAUUCCACAGAAGUUCAAAGACAUGAAGUUACCUGACCUUCCUAAUUUUAAACUGUCAUGAAUAUUCAACAUUCAGCUCAUGAAUAUUUAAAAAAAUUAUGUUGUCAUUUUCAUAUCACAUCUUAUUUCGUUAACAAAUUUUAUCUUUAUUAUGUGAAAAUUGUACUAAUUCUCAGUCAUCAACAUAGACAAUAGUAACAUUUGCUACUACAUUUUUUUUUAUUAAAAAUUGUUCUUUAUUUUCAAAUCUAGAGCUGCCAAGUAAUGCAGUUGUAUUUUUCACGACUGUCAAACAAUUAUUUAUUAAUAGAAAUAAAAUAGGUAUAGACUUUCACACUUUCACUACAGAACCUCAUUUAAACUUAGCACAGGUUGACAUUCAUUCCUUACUGAUAUCAAUAUAGUAAGUGUGUCACUAACCAUGCUUUUUGGUAUGUAUGAGAGCAGAUGUGUUAAUGUGUAUAGAAGUUUGGCAGAAUGUCUAUCUUUGUUUCAAUAAAAUAUUUAAAACGACAAAAUAAAAUUUUGGUUGUUAGGCAGAAAUUCUUAUUGAAAAUUGUUCUUUAUUUUCAAAUCUAGAGCUGCCAAGUAAUGCAGUUGUAUUUUUCACUACUGUCAAACAAUUAUUUAUUAAUAGAAAUAAAAUAGGUAUAGACUUUCACUUUCACUACAGAACCUCAUUUAAACUUAGCACAGGUUGACAUUCAUUCCUUACUGAUAUCAAUAUAGUAAGUGUGUCACUAACCAUGCUUUUUGGUAUGUAUGAGAGCAGAUGUGUUAAUGUGCAUGGAAGUUUGGCAGAAUGUCUAUAUUUUUUUCGAUAAAAUAUUUAAAACGACAAAAUAAAAUUUUGGUUGUAAGGCAGAAAUUCUGAUUUAAUAUAUAAAUAAAUUAAUAAAAAGUUCAUAUAAAAUAGAGUUAUCUCCCUCUACAAAGAAAAAUAUAGAUCAUAAAACUAAGAACUGAAUAGUUAUUGGCGUUUUGUGAAAGCAAGUUAAAUAUGUACACUACAGCUGAAAUGUAUUUUGCCUUUUCCACCUGCCACCAUUGGAAAUAUACUCAUGUCCACUGUUCAGUCUUGUUUAACAUAAGAUUAAAAAAAAAUAAUGAAAAAAAGAGCUAUUUUUAAUUUUCCCAAAUUAUUGUAUAAUCUAUUCUUAUGAUUAAAAAGACAUACAUAGACAUGGACACUCCCCUUUUAUGUAUGGUUAAUGCAUACACUUUUUUCAAGUCCCACUCCUAGCAUUGCCUUGCCCCUCCCCCCUUUUUUCAAAAUCAUUGAUCUAAUACCUAAAAGUUUUGUCAACUCCCACCAUGGACAGGUGAAAAUGACCAUUAAAAAACAUGGUCAGUGUGAAAAGCUCAUUAACAUAAUAGUUUGGGAUAUGUUUUCCAUUAUAAUACAAUUUCCCCAUAGAUUUACUUAUAACACCAUGAGAAAUUGAGGUGUGGACACAUGAUUGUACCUUCCUAUAGAAGAUUCUAAUGGAUGACAAAUUUAAUCUUGUUAUUAUUUAUAUCAGUAAUUAGAUUGAUCUUUUUUAACAAUUUUCAUUAUAAAAAAAUAAAAUUAAAAAUACAAUAAUUCUUUAAAACUGUUUGCAUUCAGCUGAUUUUGUCUCCAUUCUUACUAUUAAAACAAGUGAACAGUUGGUUAGUUUUACAGUAUACAGGCAAUAUAUAAAGGUUCAGGAAAUGUAUUUUAUUUAUGAUUGUUGUUGUUGAGAUGAAAAUAAUGAAUGAAUAAAUGACCUUAAAUGUU